ACGGGCUACGCCAAACGUACGGCGCUUUCGUCGCCGCUGUUACGGCAAAUCAACUGCGCCGAAAGUCUCCAGUCAUUCGGUCCAGUCUCGUGCUUCAACUCGGAGUGUCGUGUUCUGUUGAGUCAAGUACGAUUUUUCAAACGUGAUCGGUUAUAUUUCUAGAACGCAAACGGAAAUCGUCUUAUUCAAAAUAUAAAAAUAUAAAGCGUCGCGUCGCUACACAGGAAAAUAGUGGUUAAUUUUGUUCUUGCGGAAGUAAAUAUUAUAACAAAGCUAAACAUAAUGGCUGAAGCGUUAAAUAUCGACGAUUUUGUGCUCUUAGAGCACGACGAAUGUGUUUACGAUAAGAGUCUGAAUGACUUAGAAAAGGUGUCAUCCGAGUCAUCAGGAGAGAAAGAAAAGCUCGAGGAACCGCUAGAGAACACCACGGAAGAAGAUUUGGACAAUCCGGAGGCGAUUCAGAACGAAGUUGUGUUCGACACGAGUAGACAGGAAAAUGCAGAGGGGCCCUUAGUUAACGACUGUGUUGUAAGCAACAAGAGCGAGCUGCAAGACGAGAAUGAGCAAGGGGAACACGAAAACUGGCAACGACUGGUGCGAGAUAUUAAACACGGGGGGCCUCACUCCUUAAAUUAAGAAAACAAAUGCAACUGCAGCUAACUGUGAAGGACAAAAAAUCACAUCACGCACCAUGUGCCAAGGACCACGACUGCGCGCUAGGAGAUGAGAACAAACGGUUAAAAAUAGAAAACGCCGAUUUACAGCAACGCUUGUUGAAUAUCGAGAUUGAAAAGACUGCACUUACAAGGAAAGGUACCCAACCCGAACUCACCGAUUUUGA